AUGUUUACUUAUGUUUUUAAGAAGUCAAAAGAAACAACUCCCCUGUUCGAGAUUGAUACAAUUCCCUUUAAACUGAACUACACCGAUCCUUAUUUAACUAUUGAGUACCAUGGAAAAUCCUAUAAAGAUAUAUUCUGUCAUAUUUCUUUGAUUGUCUCGGAAACUCUUUUUGAAUUUAAUUAUGGUUUCUCUCUUUUCUCAAGUUCCUUUUCUAUUACGUUGAAAGACCUAAAACUGAAUUGUAGUAACGUCUCUGUUCGUGUUGAACUUCAAUUGGAUGUUCUUUCGGAGAAGAAGCCUCCACUUGCAGGCUUAGAAAAUUUAGGUGCCACAUGUUACAUUAACAGUUUUCUGCAAACAAUUUACUACUUGAAGAAUUUUAAAGAGCUUCUUUACAAGAGCAAUGGGUAUCAUUGCACACUUCUACAGAGAUUAUUCUAUGCUUUGGAUACAAUGAAUGCGAGCCUAUGCGUUCAGAAUCAAGAUGCACUUUCAGGUUGUAUACCAAAUAUUAGCAAGCUUAAGGAUAUAGCAGCACAUAAUACAUGUAACAAUUUGAUGGUUGUGAGGGACAGAGUCCAGAAUUUAAUUAAGAAUCUAUCUUUCGUUAGGCAUAUUAACGAGCAUCAGGAUGUCCAUGAAUUUUCCAAAUAUUUGUUUGAUGUCUUGGAAUCCGAAAAUAAGGAUCUUAUCAAAGAAACAAUUGAAGGAAUAACGAUGUGUAUUGUUCAAUGUGAGCACGGUUGUACUUCUAAGACUAACGAAACAUUUCAAGAUCUCCAGAUGGUUAUUAAAGAUUUCUAUCAGAAUCGUACUAACAAAACAAUUCAGGAGUCUUUGAGAGAGUUCUGUAGACCAAUUAAUAUUGAUGACUUUAAUUGUGAGAAACAUGGGGUGGUAAAGGCUACAAGGAGGGUGUUUUUUAGUAAACUGCCAUCUUCAAUAUUCAUUCUUUUAAAUAGAUUUUGGAUUGACUGGGAAUCUGAAAAAUAUUUGAAAAUCAAUCAAAAAUAUGAAUUUCCAGAAUUUUUGGAUUUUUCUGAAUUUAUGGUGGAUAAAACGAACAAUAAAAUGAAUAACAAUGCAUAUAAGGCGAACAAUGUAAAUGUUUCUGAUGUAGAUAAUGUUGAAGCAACUCAUAAUGAAAAGCUUACAGUUAGCAAAAUGAGACUACAAGUGGACGAUGACAUUUGUGACAAUUUUGAAAAAAGAGUACAAACUUCAAUGCCUAUUCCAAUAGAUAUAAGCUUUUCAGUGUUAUUGUACAUAGCGGAUUGGUUGAUGAAGGUCAUUUUUACUGCUAUUUACAUUUUGGAGACAAGUUUUUCAAAUUUAACGAUGAUUCAGUUUAUGAAUGCUCCAAAUAUGAAACAAUUGAUUGGAAUUUUGGAGGAGCUUAUCCAAAUAAUACAAGUAGAGAGAAGUUAUUUUCUGCAUACUAUCUCGUUUAUUGCAAAGAUGAUGGUGUGUCCCACUUUCCCAAUUUUAAUAUCUCUGAAAUGGUACCUCAAGAUCUUGCUCAAAAAUUGA